AUGCACGAGGAGGCGUACUCCUCGCCCUCCUCGCCGAAUGAGAUGGCGACGAGUCCGGCGCGGAGCCGGAACAUGUUUUCGUGCUCGCCACGCGAUUUCCGGCUGCCGCUGAGCGCGGUGCAUUCCGAUAGUGAGAACAGUCACACACGGCGCACCGGCUCGCGACGCCGCAUCAUUCCGCGAGAUAAGAACAAGCUGCGCGUGUCCGAGAUGCUGCACGGCGAGCACUUUCCGGCCGACUUUGAGGUGGCGUCAGAAGCGCGCCUGCAGCGCCAUAUUGACCGGCGCACACGCACCGCACCCUACGCCACGCCGCCGCCGCACGCAUGGGAGCGCCCGCCGCACGAGGCGCGUGUUGCGAGCCUCUUUGGGCCACUGCGGCACGGCGUGUACGAGGUGCCGGCCGCACCGCGCGAUGCGGGGUGCGAACUCGACGAGGAUUUGUGCGACGACUUUCCUUCCACGCCACUCGACCUGACCGAUGCCUACUCGUCCGACGAGGCGGAGCGCAUCGACGAGGACCCACGCAGCUCGCCGAUGGACGUGCACGAGGACCUGCUGCUGGGCGCGGCCGGCAUGUCGAUGCACGCGACGCCGAUGCCGGUGCCUGGCGCGGCCGACAGUCCCCAGCUCGGCGCGAAGCGCAAGCACGAGAGCAUCGAGUCGCCGGGGUGGGGCGCCGCGCGCCGCCGGGGCCCGGUGCUCCUCGCGGGGCGUAAAGCCGCGCCGCGCACGCCGGGGCCGCUCAGCACGUCGCCACGCAGCACGUCGCCCCGCCGCAUGUCGCUCCUGAUGAGCCAAGGCGCCUUUGUUUCGCCGAGCUCGUCGCCGCUUGCGCUCGGCGAGCCGCGGCGGCGCGCCGCGACGCCGGGCGCAUCCGGCCUGACUGGUGCACCGCUCGACACGCCCGCGCUGCCGAUUUCGCGGCCCACGUCGCCGAGCAAUGCGUGGCUCGCCAAGACCCACAGCCGCUCCCCGUCGCACUCGGGCUCGGGGCCGGGCUACGGGAGCGGAGCGAUCGGCCUGCGGCUCGGCCAGCGCUCGCCGUGGGAAGGCGUCCCGCUGAACGCGUGGCUCGACGAGCAGGUCGGCGGAAAAGAAGUCGACGAAGGCGUCAAAUCGCUCGGACUCGGCUAG